AUGGACACCCAAACUCCCUCUAGCAAAUGUAAUCUGCCGAAAGAGAAAGUCUUCUCUAUUCAGAUUGGUUCCGAGAUCUUUCGUCUCUCGGGUGCUUCAAUUGCCUCUGAUGCUCCAUCCUACUUUUCACGCUUCUUUGAGGAUCAAUUGCUUCAGAGUCAAGAUGUCGCCAACAUAAGGACCCUCUAUAUCGAUCGCGAUCCCACGACAUUCCGCGAAAUUGCUAGGCAUCUGCAGGUAUGGGACACCAUGGACAAACACGGACGGAGACUGAUAGGUGGCUAUCAUGUACGGCCCCAGGAUGGCGCGCAAUUCGUGAAGCUAUUCGCAGAUGCGCAAUUCUAUACAUUGCCCCGAUUGAUGUCCCAGCUGUUCGAGUCCGAAUGCUUUAUUCAGAUCGGCGACCGACACUUCCAGAUCCCCCGCGAUAUCUUCUCAGGUCCCGGUGAUUCCCCAAACUUCUUCACCCUCGGAUUUGCCGCCUUCUUUGCCUCCCCGUCCGAGGUGUUCCCGGGCCUGGACCGCCAGGGUCUCUUGCGACCUCCGGCCAUCAUCCCCCCAAGCGUGCCGAACCGAUCGGCGGAUGUCUUCGAUGAGCUCCUGCAUCUGCUGCGCGGGUAUCCCCUACAUAUCAGAAACGAGGAUCAUCGGGCUUCGCUCCUACGCGACUGUCGUUAUUUCCACCUACGCGGCUUGGAACAAAAGUUGAUACCGCAUCAGAUAACCACGAAUCCCUUCAGCCAUCGUUUGGAAAUAGUCAUCCGGCUUGAGGAUGUGCGACCGUCUGGGAUUCAGUUUGCCUCUCAUACGGUUUCUGGGUCGCCUAUGGGUGGAAUGGUCACAUACGCGCGCCCCUUUGUAGACGAGAGCGCUGCGGAUCUGGUGGUCGAGAUCGGCGAUGAGUCUAGUCUGAUCCAUCCGGGGAGCAUGCGUGCUGACUUCCUAGGCCUGUCAAAGCAAAGAAUUGCCAGCCUGUUACAGACGGUAGGCAAAAAGAUGAACCUGCCUGAUUCACAUCCACCAUUGGGCCAAGUCCCAAUUAAGGUCCGUGUCGACCGUGAAACUGAUCUCACGGUGGAUGGAGAACAAGACCCCCAGCAUUUGAGGAUACCAAGAGCCAAGGCCGAAGCUGGCGAGGAUGAUGUCCCUGCAGCUAAACGCCCACGGGUCGAUAAUACGGACGAUCGGCCCUGGGUUGUUCGGACAGGACAAUGGCGAUUGCAAGUGCAGACAGGCCCUACCGGGGCAUACGAAGUUGUCUUGGUCGCUGUCAAAUUGGACAUCUAUACCAGUUCACAGGUCCGAAACCGGUCACGGAAAUUCCUCUAG